GCAGGCGAACACAAAAACCAGAGCAAAAGCGUUUGCAAAAAUCUUUUAAAAGUCCAUUAAAAAAAAAACACAAACUGCAGAAAACAAAGACAUCGCAGUCGAGAAGUCAGUCUUGUUGUUUGUGUCGUAUAUAAGGAUGGUUUUGUUGCUGUGACGAGAUUAUAAACGAGCUGAGCUUCAAGCACUGAAAAUCAGCUGCUGCAGGGCGUCAACCGAAACGAAACGAAACUUGGAAGCGUGAGUCUAAAGAUCCAGCUAACAUGCGAGCCUUAAUGAAACUUUGGCUCUUCCUGUGCUUCAGCCAUGCCCUUGCCCUGAACAACGUCUAUUUGCCAUCAAGUCAAGACUACGCACCACGUAGUCCACUCACUACGGAAUACUUCAGUUACAGUGCACCGCCAGAGGAUGACCAGAUCCUGCCCUUGCAGGCAGCUCGUCAGCUGGCCAAGGCAUUCACACCGCCUCAACAGGUUGUCUUCAUUCGCACGCCGGAGACAAAUCUAUUCACACUGACCGCCAAGCAGCUGGCGGCACAGAAUUCUCUAAAUAUCUAUGUACUCCAACGGCAAUUGGAUGCGGCGACAUUGGACCAGCAACGGGCAGCCAUCGAACAGCAGUCGGGACACAAGCCCACCGUUCACUUUGUCAAGUAUCGCACGCCCGAGGAUGUCAGUCGUGCCCUCAACAGCCUGAGAUCGAGCUACGAUCACCUGCCGGGCAGAAGCCACAUCCAUGCCGUGGAAACGGCAAAGGUCAUCCAACUCAAUCCGCCACCACAAUACAGACAGCAGUCGGAGCCGGUCGUAUUCAAGAUCCUACCCAAGGAUGGCGUCAACUAUGAGACUCACGAGCAGGCCAAUGAGCUGGAAGCUGCUAAGCUGCAGGCACUUUUCCGGCAAUAUUUGCCACCUGGCCAGAAGCGUUAGGGCUUAGUAUAAAUGGACUUGUGCCAAAGACUGUUAAAUUUAAAUAGUAAUACACGUAUGAAUAGAAAAUAUAUUGAAUCAAUAAUUGUGCACUGCAA